AUGAUAUAUGCAUUUACUAUUCCUUUGGGUAUUGCUACAAACAACCAAGCGGAAAUUCAAGCAAUUAGCUAUGGUUUAGAUUGGUGCAUUCAACAUGGAUAUAGAAAAAUACACUUGGAAGUGGAUUCAGAAUUGGUCAUUCAUUGGCUUUCGAAUCAAACCAACUACCCAUGGAACCUACAGCCAUACAUCCCGAAAAACCACAGAAUAGUGCAUCAGUUGGAAAGAUUCAAGAUUACUCAUGUCUACAGGGAGGAAAACUACACGGAUGAUUGGCUAUCCAAAUAUAGUCAAAACACAGACAUUGUUCAACACUUUUACAUUGAGGAUCAAUUACCUACUCUUGCGAGAGGAAGCUUCAUUCUAGAAAAACUUGGCAUGGCUAAUUUCAGGAGAAAGAAAUUGAAAAGAAUCAAGAAACCUCCAUGA